CACAUUUCAAUUGCCCACACUAGACCGGUAAACGUAACGUUCAUUGGUCGUUCAUAUUCUGCUUACUAUUCAAAGUUGUAUUAUCGUAACAAUUUUUCCAACACGGAUGCAGAGUUAAUCAUUUUAAGUCGUAACUCGGGUGUUUUGUGAAAUGUCUCGUCCGGGUCUGAGCUGUCCGGGCUGCGGAUCCUCAAACAUAGUGGACGAUGCUCUGUACUCUCAAGCCCAGCUGGUGUGUGUGGACUGCGGCUCGGUGGUGUCCGAGGGAGUCCUGGCCGACGAUCCUGUAGGUGUGGGAGGUUCAGGUAAACAGCGACUAGACUCUCAGCCUGUCCGAUGUUGUAUUUCAUUCCUUGCUCAGGUCUCAGCGUCUCAUGUGUGCAUCCUCAGGGUUCACAGUGAGAUUGAGGAUCUCUCAAACACGUAUUACAACCAGGCCUAUCAGCACGAGAGCUUCAUUAAGGUGAGCCUCCAGAAGAAGGAAGUUCUCGCCGGCUGCUGCGUGCUUGUGAGCUGCAGAUUGCUCAAUUGGCCGAUCACCAUGGGAACCAUCAGCUGCCUGCUGGAUGUCGACCCCAUGGUGGUGGGAGUGGUCUAUCAAGAGAUGGUCAAAGUUCUCCACAUUACGGCUCCGAUCGUCAACGUCACAGAUGUGAUGGAAGCGCACUGUCAGGAGUACAAAAUUAGCUCAAGUGAUGUCCCUGAAGAGUUUGCAGAGGACUCCAGGGCUCUGUCUAAACGCGCCGUUGCCUUGGUGGAGCUGGCAGCAGACACCUGGAUAGUGACUGGCAGGAAGCCCAUCCCCAUCAUGAUGGCGGCUAUCUAUUUAGCAUGGCAGUCAUUGAAACCCAACAAGCAGCGGCUGAAAUUCUCUCUGGACAAAUUCUGCCAGCUUGCCAAAGUCAAUAAGCUCAGGCCAGCUAUGAAGAGAAUAACGGAGAUGAAGGAGGUGCUGUGUAAGCUGGGGAAGGAGAUUCCGUGGGUCAGAGUGGAGGUGACACUGGAAAAUGUGAUCUUGCAGGUGGGGGAUAUUCUGAAUAACAGGUACGCACUGCUAAGAAGGGCUAUGAGGACCCACGAGGACGCUCUACUGGCAGAGUGUCAAACCAGGUGUGAGGACUCUCUAAAUGAGGAUGACACUCCCUCAAAAAUCCUUGAUGGGUCCUCUGUGGAGAAACGUGAAGUGAAUACUGAAAAGGCCCAUCAAACAGGAGAUGAAGCUGGUGAGCUAUGCACAAUACCUGAGCAGCAUGAUGACACUCAGGAGAGCCAGGAUCCAGCUCCAAACUGGGGGAAGAGAGUGCUGUUUGCGCCGCCAUGUGUGGUUCAUGCUAAGAAAAGACGAGUAGAGCAGCCUGGGCUCAAGGACGUCACUGGUGAUGAGGAGAUAUCCGACAGUGAAAUUGACUCAUACAUCCGUUCUCCUCGGGAAGCCAGAGAGUUUGCGCUGACACAAAAGAUCCUCUCAGAGAGUGAGAAAUCAUAACUGGUUUCACAUCCAGAGCUUUCCUUUAAUUGGUUUCUUGUUAUAUAAGAAAAAACAUAUUUUUGACCCUUAAAGUUUCUUUUGAAGGA